AUGGUUACCAAGGCGGUGGCCGCAGCUUCAGUGCCAGACGUGACGCUAGUCAACAUGUUUCAGUUCUCCGUCAAGGAGGAGUUCACCCAGAUGAAGUGCGUUUCCGCCGAGGCGUCUUCGUUAAGCUUCGGAGCGAACGAGCCCUUUCGGUACCCUUCGGCAAGCUUCGGGCCGACGGCGAUUCGACCCGAGACGUGGGGUGGCCAGAUGGUCUGGUUCUUCGCAGGGGCCGGUGCGGAUAAAGCUGGUGUGUUUAAUUGUAAAGCGGUCCUACCAUCGGGUCAAGAGGUCAAGGUCAGCACGGUCAAGAUGACGCAACCAGCCACGGUCUUGCCAAAGCACUUCACCAUAACAGCACAUCCUGGCGACACCGUCAACUUCUACACCCAAACCAACGGGAGUUUCGCCGAACGAAUCCGCUGGAAGAAAAAUGGCGUCGUCUUACAGAACAUGGCGAGCGCAAAGGUCAUGACCCUGUAUGACGUGGACCAAUCAGAUGCCGGCGUCUACGAGACCUUUUUGGAUGGCAGAGAACAGGACAGAACACACGCCAUUGCCAGACUCAUCGUCACAAGGUGUCCAGAUAGUUUCUGGGGUCCCGGCUGUGACCAGACGUGUCCGAAGUGCUAUAACGGCGGAGUCUGUCAUGAGGAUCUCGGGGAGUGCAUCUGUCCUCCCGGGUUCAAGGGGACGACCUGUGAGACCGGCUGCGGCGGGAACAGUUUCGGCAGAGACUGUCAGUACGAGUGCGACGCGAACGGUCUGGCGGCCGGGUGUAAGGAGCGGAUCUUCUGCCUGCCGGACCCGUACGGCUGCAGCUGCUCCCCGGGGUACCGAAACCUGCUCUGCUCCACGCCCUGUCUCCCCGGCUCGUUCGGAGCGGGAUGUACGCAGACCUGCCACUGCCGCAGCAUCGGCCCAAACGCCUGCGACGUGUACACCGGCUGGUGUCGGGACGGCUGCGCCAAGGGGUGGAAGGGACCGUCAUGUCAGGAGGAGGACAUUGACCACUGUGACCCUGACCCGUGUGAAAAUGGCGGCGUGUGUCACGGCACGGAGGAAACAUACAGCUGUGAAUGUCCGGAUGGGUUCGAAGGUCAACAUUGCGAAAUCGACCUAGACGAGUGUGAGUCCUGGCCUUGUCUCAAUGGCGGCGCCUGCUUUGAUGUCCCAGGAAAGUACGUGUGCGCAUGCGUGGACGGAUACACUGGAACCAAUUGCGAAGAAGAUAUAGACGAGUGCUCCUCGUCCCCGUGUCAAAACAACGGCGUGUGCGUGCACGGUCUGGACGAGUUCAAGUGCGAGUGUCUGAGGGGGUUCUUCGGGCCACGCUGUGAAGUCGAUCUGAACGAGUGCACGUCUAGCCCGUGUAGAAAUAACGGCACGUGUGUGGACCUGCCGGGGGCGUACAGGUGCGACUGUCCGCACGGCAUCAUGGGAAACAACUGCGAAUAUGACGUGCUCCCCUGCCUGUCGGAACCCUGUUUGAACGGCGGAAACUGUUCGGCGUUUGGAGACCUCUACAUCUGCUUCUGCGCAGAAGGGUUCUACGGGCGGAACUGUGAGAACGAACUACCCGGCCAGUCUGAAGGUCCAACUUCCGGCGAGGCACAAAACGACGCAUUACCCAUCAUGCACAUCGUGCUGGCAGGUGUGGCCGGUCCCGUCGUCCUCAUCACGCUUUUCCUCCUCUACAAAUUCUACGAAAAACUCAAGAAGAAACACAAGACUAAACAGGUGGACGUCAAGCCGAAAUCUUCCGCCGACCAGGACUCAGUAGUUCCCGUAGAGUCCACGAACUCGUCCACCAACCUUCUGGAACCUACGAAUCCUCUGGACGUAAAGAAGGACCAACAGUUCAUCAACACGUUACAGAGACCUGUAGCGAACGGAGGGCGGCCAUCUUUUAGACCGAUCCAGUUGGUAGCAGCUUUUCCUGGGGCCGCUCAGAGACCCGCCAUAACAGUCAGUCCACUCGAAAGUGCGUCUGAAAAUAACACGACCCUUGUUACAUCAUUCCAACAAGAUGGCGGGAACAACGCAACUAGCCUUGCUGUUCCUACGUCAUCGUUUCGCGCGCAAAAUUCUUCCCAUCGGCCCACAUCGGGUCACGCCAUCACACUCCCAUCAGUCCUUGCGCAGAGGAAGCCCGCCACUGCGCAGACGACACCGACGGAAACCAUGGUAACCGACUUCAACGAUGACGACUUUGACGACGAAUCUGAAUCAGAAUUUGACGAUGACGUGGACGAAGAGACUGUAUAUUCAUGACGAAUGGACGAUUGGAUAGAAUACACCGUAAAGAUGUAUCAAUCUUAUUCUGACGACAAAGUAACGGAAAUAGGAGCAACAUAUUUUGGACUGACCAUAGAUUCGAAAUAUCACAUCUCAUUGACAGAUAUUCCGAUUGACUUAACUUUUAUUUACUUUCAGUUACUUUACUCUCUUGCUCACUCUGGUCUGAUUCUAUAUUUAACAAACCUAUUUACUAACGCAUCUCGGAAUGACCGUGUGUUCUUCAUGCAUUCAACGUUGCAACUACUAAACGACAAUAGACUAACAUAUGUUUGACUCAAGAGUAACCUACUAACAUUUGUGUUUGGUAACAGACUAACAAACUAACAUUGUGUUUGCAUGGGGUAUAUACUAAUCACACUACAUCUAGUAACAUGGUACUAGUAACUAACCAAUAUAUCUUAUUGCCAAUAACUAACGUAUUAUUUAGUCCCAUCUAUGUGGGACCGAGAACAAACCAAUUAACUAACAAACGCCUAGCACAUGUCUACAAUAACAAAAUGAAUGGAUAUGCUGACUAGAGAGCGAACUAACCAACUAAAAUACAUAAUACAUGUACUAACGAAAACUAUCAGUCCUACACGACGUAUCAGAUGGUAGUGAUGCAUAAUGACUAACAAACUUAUAAUUACCAACUGAGCAAGGUACCGAUGAACAACAUUUCAUCUAUAACCAUUGCUUACUUGACUAACAAGUAUGUACUAACGUAUACAGUAAACCAGUACCAAGGCACAGCUAACGCUUGUACUGUCAACCAACGACUAACAAACGUACUGACUGACUAAUAAUGUUUCUGUUCUACGGACUUUUACUUUAUCCUGACUGGUUUACGGACUAGUAACGUUCUUACUUCCACCCGACUGAUAACUGACUGACUGACUGACUUCUUGCUUCCACCCGACUGAUA